UGCCGUGGGUAUUUUGUCUGUCAUUCAAUCCUUUAAAUCCUUGUCGAGUGAAUCGAAUCUCGUAUCUUACUCUGCACCAAACACAAUGACGUCUGAAACCGUCGAACAGGCAACUAGUGAUGAACAAGUCUCACCUGCUGAGAAGAAAAAAGAUCAGACUGGUAACGCAUCUACUGGCAAUGAUUCUGCUACUGACUCUGACGGCGAAGAAUCCAUUCACGAAUUAGAAGAGCAGGACCCAGCCGCUCAACAAGCCCAAGCACAGUUGGCACAAGCUGCUGGUUUAAAUGAGGAACCUGUCAGUAAAGCUAAACAAAGUAGAAGUGAAAAGAAAGCCAGAAAAGCUAUGUCCAAAUUUGGCUUAAAACCAAUUCCUGGAGUUUCAAGAGUUACCGUUAGGAAAUCUAAGAGUAUUUUAUUUGUCAUCAACAGGCCAGAUGUUUACAAAAGUCCAGUUUCUGAUACGUACAUUCUUUUUGGUGAAGCUAAGAUAGAAGAUCUCAGUCAACAGGCGCAAAUGGCAGCAGCCGAAAAAUUCAAAACAGCAGAACCAACAGCUCCCCUUGGAACAGCACCUGCUGCUGUUGCUCAACCCAUUGCUGAAGAAUCUGAUGAUGAAGAGAACGUUGACGAAACCGGAGUGGAAGCAAAAGAUAUUGAACUUGUCAUGUCACAAGCCAGUGUUAGCAGAAAGAAGGCUAUCAAAGCACUUAAACGAAAUCAAAAUGAUAUUGUCAACGCCAUCAUGGUAUGUUUUGUGUUGUAUUGA